UUUAGUAUCUACAGAUUCUACGUGAUUCUACUAUAAUCGAUAGCUCGAAACUUAUCGAUAUUCGACUUCCGAUGCGCUUGGCCUGUGUCGUACACGCGCGUAGUGGUCAUGUAUGUGUGUGUUAUUUUCGAGUGAUACAUUUAAUUCCACGUGAAUAUCCGCAGCACUUUAUGUUACAAUCAUGUCGAACUCUGUCCCGGAUAGGUGGUUGGCUUACAAGGCAUACGGCAGCGCUAUCAAGGGGACUAAAAUAAUAGCGUUUAAAGUUCCUCUGAAGGAGGCGGUGUCUAACAACCUGCAGCCAGACCAACGAUUCACGCCAAAAAUGUUACUAGAUGCUAUGCCACGUAUCAAGUAUGUAAUCGACCUGACGAACACGCAUCGUUACUACGAUCAGAGGGAUUUCACGAACGCUGGAUUGAAGUAUUUAAAAAUCAUGGUUCCCGGAAGGCAGAUCCCACCGACGAUGCUUGUCAGGAGGUUCUUCAAGGCGAUGGACGAUUUCAUGGACUCUAGUGACCCCGACGAACUCAUAGGAGUCCACUGCACCCACGGGGUCAACCGCACGGGGUACUUCAUCUGCCGGUACCUCAUACAGCAGCUUGGAUGGGAGAAUCAGGAUGCCAUCACAGCCUUUCAGGAAGCGAGGGGUUACCCGUUAGAACGUGAUGUAUACCUUAACGAUUUAAAAAUCACCCCGAAGGGUGCGAAGCUGGAUACCAAGAGUAUCAUCCUGGAUGCCCGCAGUAAUCUACCAAGGAGGUCACACAAACGAAUCUCUGCCAGCAGAAUAUCGGACCCCUACGCACCGAUGGGCCCACAUGUAUUUCACCCUUCGCGGAGAGGCUUUCCGAACGGCAGGCCGUUCCUACCUCCGGGUCCGCCCCCACCUUCUCACGAUCAGUUCAAUCGGUUCAACGGUCCGACUUUCAACCCCCCGAUGCCGCCAAUGCCACUUAUGCCUCCACCUCUUGGAGCGCCGUACGGUCCCAGACCCCUCAGGUACGGGCCACCUUCGCAACGUGGUUUUCCCGGACACGGAUUCCCUCCAGGUCCGCGAAUGCCUCCUUGUCCUCCGAGGAUGCCGAUGCCUGGCGGACCGCCAAGAUUACCCGCUCCUCUCGGCCCGCCUGGUCCGCUUUGUCCUCCAGGACCCAUCAUGGGACCACCGGGACCCGGUGGCCCGAGGUUACCGCCUCACGGAACUCCUCAUCAUGGUCCUCCGAAGCCUUUACUUCCGAUGUUGCAACGACCUCAUCGACCGACACUGAGUUUGUUGAGAAAUGAAGGCGGUAUCAGGCUAGCGCCAGAGAUAGUAAGAAGAAAGGAGUCCAUGGAGCCUAUGCACCACGUUCUCAGGCUGCACAGGGAGCCUGAUUUCACGGCAGAUAUAUUCGAGGAGAAUUUGACAGCUGGUGAGAUUCCUGCGGCGGUGCAUACCCGUUCGAAUUUAAGGAGUCCUAUUAUGAGGCCGCGGAACAAAGGACGUUUCAAUAACAGAGGUGUUAAUCGUGGGAAGUGACGACGAGCUGCUUAGGGAAGCAGAAAUUUUUUUUUAUCCAUGUACAACUGUGACGCAUACGGUCCAAACGACCAGACGAUUAUCGUUGCGAUCGUAUGCGUUAUUAUUGAUAUAAUUAUCAUUAUGAAAUUAUUCGUACAAAAUUAAUAUCGCUCAGACUUUCAGACAAUUACGAAGACGACGAGAGGUACGCAAUGGCUGUUCGAAAGCCAACAUUUUUAUUUCCAGUAUUCACCUUCUCCACCUUCCCGCCACUCUCCGUUGUGUCAAAUGAUUCAUUGGUUUACAUUACCGCGAACAAAACACUUCGCAAACUGGCUACAGCUUUUUGCGAGUAUUUGAAUAGUACAACGUCUCGCGUCCCCUGGGCGAUCUUUAAUUGCUAUAGCAAAGACAAUCGACCGAUCAAUUCAAUCCACCAAAAAUGAAGCAGCGAACUAUUCAGAAACAGUAACCUGCGGUCAUCCAUCCGCUGAUGUUCGACAGCUUCUGAAUCUUCGUCAAUGAUUGUCAAAUCUGACCGUGUAAAAUGUACAUUAUUCGCGUCUUUCUCGAGCGAAGAAAGUUCGAGUUGAAAGCAAUCGAGAUAGGAGAAUCCGGCGCAAGACUCGCGGAACAUUUAUCUUUUUCUUAGCUACCCAUUUUCACUUUUCUUCUUUUUUUUUUUUGGUUUUCUCUGGGUCGAUAUAAAUCAACGAAUAAUUGACGGCAACGUGAUACCUAUACUUUGGCGGGUGGUUUGCGCCCGGUAUACGCAUCGAUUUCAGUCAACGUGCGAUCAAUUAUUUCGUUAGAACGAUCGACCCGCUACACCGCCACCAAAGUUAGUCGCAAGAGGUAUCGUCGCGUGAAAAUUUAUUAGGCACUUUCAAAAUCGAGAUUCACUUCUUCAACUAAUACGAUUAUCUACAAGCGAGCGGUGCGUUAGGUAAAAUACGAAUACAAUUUUCUACCGUCACAAAAUCGGUAUGGAGUAUUACUGAAUAUUUUGUACAAAUGAGUAAUUUAGUAUGUGACAAGACCCAUAAAUGAAAUACCAUUGUCCAAUCAAUAUUAUUUCUAUUAUCAUUAUUUUUACGUCGACUAUUUCAAGAACGAGAUAAUAGCAAUUCAUGCUCGCGUCUUGAUCGAAUAGAAGCUCUAAGUUCUGUUUUAAUUUCUUUCGUUUUUCAUGACUAUCAUUUCUUGCUUUUUUUAGUUGAUAUUUCAACGUUCAGUCUGUACGCUGUCCGUUGUAUAACCCGUUAGCGAUUUUUUCGUUACGACGGUAUGUCGUACCAACGAAAUGUUAUCGAACACACUGUAACGAUAUCAUAUGACUGAGCAAUUGUAAUAAAUCUAUGAAACAGAA